AUGCUGUCCUGGUUCAUCAACUCCGGCCUCGUCCUGGCUGCUUUACUGGUCCUUCCUGCUGUCGCCGCACCGACCGUUGCCAACAAAGAUGCCUCAGCCAUUUCUAGGUAUGGCAUCGAAGAGCUUACGUGGGAGCUUCAGACUGCUCCCGGAGGUCCUGCCGUGAACGUUACAGGCACCAUUGAGCAAGCCUACAAGCACAUGAAAACCAUUAAUCCAGGCUUCAUCUCCGAUUUUGGCUUUGACCAACCAGUCAACGUCUCUUCGCUCUCCACGCCCCUCGAGUCACGCGGAUACACGAUCGAUCACAUCACUUGCGACGUCUUUGAAUGGGCCUUCCUGGAGGAAAUCCAAACGGGCAUGUUCUACCUGAACAAGGUCCCCGGCAAACCGACCAACGGCCCUGGCCCUGGUAACUGUGGUCGGGUCAGUUGCUCAUACGGUGCUGCUAUCUACUGGUGCAAUGAUACCGUUGUCAACAACUGCCCUCAAAGUAUAGGUUCGUGGAACAUGGGACCGUAUGCGGAAUUGACCAAGGGUCAGAUCUUCAUGACGGAUAAUUGGAAUGUCAUUGUUAGGGCGUGUUGGGUGGGUUCCUGGCUGUACGUGGUGCAAAGAAAGAGGGGAGUCACCCAUGGCUUGAAGCCCAUGGGGACCAGAUACGAGCUUACUCAGGAAUGUUGGCGAUGGUUAUGA